AUUAUAAUGUCAUCCUCAAUGAUAGUCCCAGUUAUAGAUGUGCAGGGAAACAACUUUAAGGAGUUGUGGGCAGCAAUUGUGAUAGCCAUUAAAACGUCUUCAUUCAUCGCCAUUGAUACGGAACUGAGUGGUCUUGGAUCAAGGAAAGCACUUCUAGCUGAAUCCAUUGAAGACCGGUACAAAGCCAUAUGCCAUGCAGCUCGCACACGCUCCAUACUUUCACUGGGCUUUGCUUGUUUUAAAAAGCUUGACGACAAAGCGGACAGCACAUACCUGGUCCAGGUUUACAAUCUGACCUUGCUUUGUUCUGAGGAAUACAUCAUUGAACCUCAGUCGGUGCAGUUCCUUGUACAACACGGAUUUGACUUCAACAAACAAUAUGCUGAAGGCAUUUCUUAUUAUAAGGGUAAUGAUAAAGGAGGUGAUGCCCAUGGCGUAAACAUGCGCUCCUUGUUCGUAGAACUGCUUAGGGCCAACAGGCCCUUAGUGGUCCAUAAUGGUCUGAUUGACAUGGUCUUCUUGUACCAAUGCUUUUAUGCCCAUCUUCCUGAUCGACUGGGCACCUUCAUUGCCGAUCUGUCCCAGAUGUUUCCCUCAGGCAUCUAUGACACCAAGUAUGCAACGGAGUAUGAGCUGCGGUUUACAGCCUCAUACUUGGAAUAUGCCUAUAAGAAGUGUAAGCUGGAAAAUAGCAAAGCCAUUGCAGGAGGUGGCAAUGGGAGUCAUGUGUUCCUAGAGUUUUGUAAAUAUACAGGCAACAUGCAGACCUACAUAGACUACAGACCAUGCUUGGACAACCAGAAUCCAGACGGUGCCCUCAACGUCUGUGUUCAGUUCUCUGCUUAUGGAUGGUGUCCUAAUGGCUCUCAGUGCUCCAUGUCACAUGACACAGACCUUAUAAUCCAGCACGAUGAGAAGACCAGAGAAGACAAGAGGAAGAAGAGGAAGCGCAAGAACAAAAAGAAAGGUUCUCAAGGGCCCUCCGAAACAUGCAGUUCCCCGCAGGGCAAAAGGUCACACUUUGAAGAGACUGAGCUGGACCAGGCAGUGCCCACAUCUGAACAUCAGGAGAAGACCGCAAGUUCUGAGCCAGCAGAUGCCACACAUGCGUUCGAACCUGGGACAGCAGCCAGCAUGAAUGAAAAUGAGGAAUCUCAGGCAGAAGCAUCCUCUGAAGCUCCUGUUAGACCAAAAGAGAAGAAAGCGGAAGGAGGAACUCACCGAGCAGGGUUUGACGCUUUCAUGACUGGCUAUAUUUUUGCUCAUGCCAGAAACCUGACAGAAAACGCUGAAGAAUCCAGCACUGCUCCCCUCAUCCCAGCGUGUCUCAAUAAGCUCUUCCUCAGUGGCAAGUCUGUUCCUCUACAUGUAGCCAAAAGCACCUUCUCCAAGUCUUCAAAGGCUCACGUGCACAAGAUGGACUACGUCUGGGGAAAAAGCACUGCUGUAAAACCUGAAGGAACUGCAUAGAAACCUUUGAUUUUCAGAUUUCAAUUUUGUGAGCAUUUUUGGUCAAAUAAAAUCUAAGUUUUUCUAUGGUUUCCUCACCA